AGAGUUUGACAGAAGGCUGAACUAACAGGGUCAAGCACAGGACCAAGCAGGAGCAGGAGGACAUCAGCAUUUAGAUUUUUUAUUACAAAUGGAGGAACAUGAAGAGGUUCAAUACUGUUUUAAAGACAGAAACUCCUCUUGCAGAAAGGCUUUGCUAUCGAUAUCUAUCUACAUAACACUGUACAUCUUCUUCUCAUUGAUUUCAGCUGUUACAGUAUUUUUGAACAUACUGGUGAUCAUCUCAAUCUCUCACUUCAAGCAGCUCCACACUACAACCAACCUGCUCAUCCUCUCUCUGGCUGCAUCAGAUCUCCUGGUGGGACUGAUUGUGAUACCUGUAAUGACUGUAGCAAUAAUUGAACCGUGCUGGGUUUUUGGGGAAUAUUUCUGUGCGUUUCUUCUCUACAUUACUUGUUUAUGUACUUCUUUAUCUCUGGGCAGUUUGGUCUUGAUAUCUAUUGACCGCUAUGUUGCUGUGUGUGAUCCCUUAUUGUACCACUCUAAAUCAACAAUAACAAGAAUAAUGUGUUGUAUAUCCAUUACCUGGUGUUGUUGUAUCAUAUAUGAUGCUGCUAUUAUAAAAAACAUUGUAAAUGUACAGGUACCCAGUCAGUGUUUGAAUGAAUGUUUUAUUGUUGAAGGAAUAACCUGGGGUAAUAUCAUUGACUUUGUAUUUACAAUGGUUGUCCCGUGCUCUAUUAUUAUAACACUUUAUAUGAAAAUCUUUGUGGUGGCCAGAUCACAGGCCAGAAAGGUAUUUUCAAAAGAGGCUGCCAGUGUGUCUGGUGUUAAAACUGUACAGGCAAAUAAGUCUGAGAGAAAAGCAGCAAAAACUCUGUCUAUUGUUGUUUUCAACUAUUUCAUUUGUUGGAUUCCAUUUCUAUUUUCUUUUUUCUUUGUUUCUUUUUUAAGUGACAAUUUAUUAUCAUUCAUCCUCAGCUUUCUGCCACUUGUUAAUUCCUUAAUUAAUCCAAUAAUUUAUGCUUUCUUUUAUCCAUGGUUCAAAGUGACAGCUAAACAUAUUUUAACUCUGAGGUUAAGGUGUUCAUAGAACCUAUAUUUGUAUUUCUAAGUUUGAAAAACAGGUUUGACAUAGUUAUGUUAUAGAAUUGUUAUUUCACGUAACAAUACACUGACAAUAUAUAGAUGAAUGUCGUGUUGAUACAAUGAUUUGGCUGGAUUGGAUUGGAAUGACUUGGAGACGGCAUAAGAAGGCAUAAGCUUGUUUUAUAAAAGACACUGUAGUCAUUUUGGGUUGUAUAUUCCAAAUUCCAAAGCCUGUGGUUGUUCAAUGUUAUUUAAUGAUAAAUAGUAUGUAAUCAUUCUAAAAGUACAUUUUGAGGCAGUCAUGAAUCAUUAUAUAUAUUGUCUAACAUUACCCUCUAGUGGCUACAUGGUGACACAACAGCUUUAACAAGUGCAGUGAAGUUGAUAUGUUCAAUACAGCAUGACAUCAGGUGACGUCCAAGUCUGUCUCAAUGGUGUAUGUAAGUAGUUGAGGGUAAAAUGCAAGAAUAUGCAAUUAUGUGAACCACUUUAUAAUGUUCCGUAAUAAACCAUUUGUAAGGAA